UUUUAUUAAAUGAGCGACGACUUGCUAUAACAAUUUAGACCUUCUGAAGUGAUUAAUUGGGAUGAUAACACCAAGAAACUUAUAUUACUUGGUUAUAUUAAUAAUUAAUAGUCUAUUCUCAUAUUAUAGAAAAAACCAUUUGAAAAACAAGUUCAGCAACUUCUUUUUGAUAAUGCUCUUCAAUAUUUCCAUAAUGAUAUCUAUACAAAAUAUACUUUUUAGUAAUUAAAUGAAAUUGAUUGUGAAUUGAUUUCCCCUGCAAAUUAAGUUCAUAUUGAUAAAUAUUCAAAAUCUGACUAAAUUAUUAUUGAAGAAACAUAUGAAAUGUUCCUUAAAUAAUAAAUUAUUCAAAUGCCUCUAGAUUGGGUUUAUAAUAUUUUAGAGAAAAAGAAAGAGGUAGAAAAUAUUGUAUUUGAAAAUAAAAAUUUUUUAAUAUUGAAAGAUUAUGUGUUUGUGAAUUCAAAAAAUUUGGAAGACUUGCAUUUAUUGGCACUUCCAUUUUAAAGAGAUAUAAAAUCAUUGAGAGAUUUAAACUAAGAUCAUUUAUAAAUGUUAGAAGAUAUUUAUAAUGAAGGUUUAAGAAUAAUUAAUGAAGAAUACAAAUUAGAUUAAAAAUAUGUAAAGGUAUUCGUUCAUUAUCUACCAUCAUUUUAUCAUUUCCAUGUUCACUUCACUCAUUCUAGUCAAAUCGGUUAGUCAUUUCGAGAUAUUCCUUUAUCAUCAAUUAUAUAAAAUAUAAAAUUAAAGAGCAAUUAUUAUUAAAUAGUUGCACUUUAAUACGUCACAAGAGUAAGAAUUAAUAAGUUCUGA